GUGUAAAAUGGCGAUAAACACGUCUCAAUUCGACCAUACCUUGCCUUGGCUGCACACUAUAGACAAAACAGAUCCACAACAAGUCCAGGAACUUCUUCAAAAUGUCUGUAAACGGAUACUCAACGUCAGCCAUAACGAAUCGGAUCUGACGUUCUGUAAACCCUUCAUGGAGAGAACACCAGAGACAUUUCAGCCGACCAGUAUUCCCAUUGACGUCAUCAGAGACAUAAGUAACGUCACAAAAAGCAUGCUAGUGUUCCUGUAUAGCGUCAUAAUAACGGUGUCGCUCGUGGGCAAUUCGUUAGUGUUUUUAACGUUUAUAUGUAAUCGCCACAUGCGGUCUAUUGUUAAUGUUUUCAUAGUUUCGUUGGCUAUUAGUGAUUUUACUGUAACCGUCACGUGCAUGCCUAUUAACCUCGGCAACAUUCUGACUAAAUAUUGGAUAUUUGGCGCCUUUUCGUGUAAACUUGUGCCGUUCAUUGAUAACUUAACCGUGUCAUCAAGUUCCUUGACGCUGUGUUGCAUCGCUUUUGAUAGAUAUUAUGCCAUUGUUCACCCGUUAAAAGCCAAUGCUGUAAAAACACCAAAAAGGGCAGCCAUUUUGUUGCUAAUUGUAUGGAUUAUCGCCCUUGUAUCAAGCAUACCGUAUUCGUUCUGUUUUGAACUGUUUGAAGUGUGUGUGGAUCCUAAAGGUUGCCCUAAACACACAGAUCACCGAACGGCUCAUUUCUGUCGGGGCCACGACAGAAGCCCAAUUGACCAACUACAAAUAUGGUUAACUAUGGUCGUCUUGUUCAUAAUCCCGUUCGUCUUCAUGACCGUGACGUAUUCUGUUAUAUGCUAUACGCUGUGGUCCAAGCGACCAAUAGGUUCAUCAUUCCGACAAUCCGAGGACGUUCAGACUCGUUACAAGAAAAAAGCGGUCAAGAUGUUAAUCGUGGUUGUGUUGUUGUUCACAGGCUGUUGGUCGCCAUUAAUCAUCUUUGAAGUCGUCGCUAAAGAAACAAAAUUAUUGGCCUCGGAAAAAUCACUGGCCUCAAAAUAUUAUUUGCAAUGGCUGGCUCUUAGUAGCGCGUGUGUUAAUCCAAUUGUGUUUGCUUUUAUGAAUGAAAAGUUUCGGAAGAAUUUUAAUAAGAUCUUGUGCUGUCGACGUAAUCAAAUUGAUCCUGUGCCCAAGAGGACGACUCAGCCGAUUAAUUUAACAUUAAUGGACACCGGUAAUAAUUCAACUCCCGAAUCGCAGAGAGCUAAAUCUGAAUCAGUUAUAAAGGAUACCUCGUCUACACAAGUUUGAACAGACGAUGGAGUAAUCUGUUCGUUCAAACAGAUGGUGGAGUUAUCUGUUCGUUCAAACAGAUGAUGGAUUUAUCUGUUCGUUCAAACAGAUGAUGGAGUGUGUUCAAACGAAUGAUGGAGUUAUCUAUUCGUUCAAACGGAUGAUAGAGUUCUCUGUUUGAACAGAUUGUGGGACAGAUUGUUCAAAUAUAAAUGAUGAACUGUUCAAACAGAUAAAGGAGUUACUUAUUCAAACAUGGAGUUCCAACAAAUGGGAUAGUUACCUCUUUGAACACACCGUGGAAACAUAUGACGUAAUUGUAUGUUAUCUGUUGAAACGUGUCUAAACAUAUGAUGUGAGUUAUAUGUUCGUCAAAAUAGACGAUGGAGAUAUUUGUUCGUUUAAAUAGACGGACAAGACGGUGGAUUAUCUGUUCGUUCAAACAGAUGGAGUUAUAUGUUCGUUCAAACAGCUGAUAAAGUUAUCUGUUCGUUCAAACAGCUGAUAGAGCUAUCUGUUCGUUGAAACAGAUGAUAGAGUUAUCUGUUCGUUGAAACAGAUGAUGGAGUUUCCUGUUUGUUGAAACAAAUGGCGAAAUUAUCUGUUCGUUAAAACAGAUAAUGGACUUAUCUGUUUCUGUUCGUU